GUACUCAUUCAGUUUGUAAAAGCGACAGGUAGCCCGCAUUAUUCUCUGUCGCAAGAAGGGUUCCAGACAUCUGGGAUGGAUUUGUUUAAUUUUAGGUCGCUUGUCAUUUUGCUGUCAGCAGUUGGAUGCUGCAACGGGCAGGGCGUACUUCCAGCAGGCCCGUUGGAGGGAGUACAGGGAAAGAACGUCACGUUCAAAACCAUUAUCAUCCCCACAGAUGUAGGCGACUUUAUCACAGUAUCUUGGAAUUUCAACGGUGGUAGUGGACUUGUACCUGUUGUCACUUCUGCGCCCAAAGGAGAGACAGUUGGCGCUGGCUACGCAGGAAGAGUGUCACUGAAUUCAUCCACCGGUGUAUUGAAGCUGGGACCCUUGACCGCGAAGGAUAGUGGGGACUAUGCGGUGACCAUGGUCACAAGUGCUGCAGUACAGCGCACAGGUGUAACGGCGCUCAAAGUUCUAGAACCGGUCACCGUCGUGACCAUCAAGUCCAACCUGAAUGAAGCGGUCGAGUUCAACAGCACUGUGGUCUUGACCUGUUCGGCCAAAGGCUCCUUCCUCAUGUACAAGUGGCUCAACGGCACCACGCCACUGGUCGCCGACGGGAAUCAUGUGACGUUGAGUGCAAACGAAACAGUGCUAACUGUGGCUGGAGUGUUCAGGAAGGAUCUGGUCGGACCCAUCUAUUGCACAGCCUCCAACAAAUUAGAGAGCGUUAGCAGUGCCCCCUUCAACCUCACUGUCAGCUAUGGGCCAGAAAACAUCGCCAUGACAGUCACCCCCACGGCUGAGGUCCAAAAGAAGGGUUCCAACAUUACAUUGACCUGCUCAGCCCAGUCUAGCCCUGCGGCUGUGAUUCAAUGGAUCCACAAUGGAGUCCCGCUCAAUGUGAUGGGCCCCAAGCUGGUACUGGACAACAUUGCCGAGGCACAGAGUGGAAACUACUCCUGCAUGGCCAGCAAUGCCAAAACCUUGCGAUACCUGGAAUCCACCACAGCCAAGUUCACUGUAGUAGAGGCCAUAUCCGGCACUAAGAUCACAGGCCCCAAUGGAACGCUCGUUGCAGGUAACAGCAUGGCCAUCCUGAGCUGCCAGGCAAGUGCCGGCACCGCCGGCACCCGAGUGUGGCUGAAGAAUGGCGUGGCACUGUCUCCUAGCAACAGGGUCGUGGUCUCGCCAGACAAGAGCUCGGUCACGAUCAAGCCAGUGCAGAAGGAGGACAGUGGGGAGUACCAGUGCAAGCUGACCAAUGCUGUGAACACAGACUCUGCCAGUCUCAAGAUAGGGGUCAACUUUGGUCCUGAGGCUGUGUCGGUGAAGGGGAAUAGUGCCGUAGAGGUGAAAGACCGUGUCACGCUGAAGUGUACCUCAGUCUCCCUCCCUGCUGCCACCUACACCUGGAAGUUCAACGGGACGCUGACCGACGUGAUGACAGCCGAGUACAUCAUCGAAGCCGCUGUGUACAAGAACACUGGGAUUUACACUUGUGAAGCCAGCAACGCCGUCACCGGGUUGAGCACCUCCGUUGCCCACAAGCUGUCUGUCAAAGAGGAGGGAACACUGGAUAAUGGUCUGACGGGCGGGCAGAUCACUGGGAUUAUCAUCGGCGUGAUCAUCGCCCUAGGGGCCAUCAUCGGCGUUGUCCUCCACAUGAGACGGAAAAAAAGACAGGUCAACUCGCCAUACUAGAAGAGUGCCUCGAGGAAAGCUGGAGCUAUCAGCCCAAAGAAUCAGCCAAUUAUUCCCCUCAAGAUCAAUCUCUGCAGUCGGGAAGACCACUCAAGUGGAAACCUCCCCCAGGUCUGUCCAGCCAUACAAGCUAUUCAUCACAAAGUCUAUAUAACCCCAGGGGUCACAACAUCACCCCGUCCCUAACACUCACACAUCAGACAUGGUCAUCUCCUUUGAAAAUGGUGGUGUCCUUGGGCUUGGAUUGGACCAGAAAGCUCCAACACAUCUAUCCCAUCUAUCUGUCUGUAUGGGCUUAUUUUCCUUCGCACACCUUCCCUCCUCUCCAUACAUCCCAUUGGCUAAGGUAAACAGCUUCCAACAGUCCCUGGGAUGCUGACUCUUCCUCUCUUGCAAAACAGAGGAAUGUCAUUGCUUACAUCAGUUUCUCCACACAUUCCUUGGGAAAUGACUCGCAUCAUAGACUUGAGCGAUGGUGAGAAACUGGAGGAGGAUUUAGUGGCGUAAUACACUGGAGUCCCACGGGACUGUAGGUCUUAGUCACUUGGUCACUCCUCACUGAGUACACUCAUCAAGGCGAAUGGGCAAGUAUCGUCUGAAUCUUUCAAACACCUGACGGACACAGGUUCGUAAAUCUGAUGUUACCACAGACAGGUGUCUGCUUGAUCCCAAGGAUUGCUUUUUUCCCCCUUUUCUUUCCUGUCUUUACCUCUACAAGAUCUGCUCGUAAGAACUUAAUGUGAAGACAGCAAUGACAAGAUCCAACACGCAGCAAAUAUUCAGGGGAGAAGAAAAAAAAGGAGGGAAUGUUUUUGUGGGCAAAGACAUUCUUUUGGUUUUGGAGGGAAAAUGUGUGUGCUUCAGGGCUGUGCUACUGAGUUUUGCUAUUUGCUAUAUUCCACUUUUCAAAUGUUUUAAUAAUUUGGCCUUUUGUAGUUUAAACCAAAAAAAGACAAAACUAUGUUUUUCGAAACAUGAAUGAACAAGUGACAUUUUAUGUUAACUGCAACACAACCCGUUUUUACCCGCUUCUUAGCUUUGUUUUUGUAACAAGUAUUUAUUUUUUUGAACCCUCCGAUGAAUACAUUGAGCUGAUGGUGUUUUUUUUAUCCAAUGAAUGAUAAUGAGUUGUUUGACAGCACACACAGGUAUGUGACACCCAGUCAUACACACAGAACAAUGGGUUAAGAGUUCUUUAUCUGUUAAGUUUCCUCCCACCAUUUAAAGUCAAUGGGGGGUUUUGUGUGGCAUGAACAGUACAGGGCAGUUACUCUGGCAGGCCUGGUAAUGUUAAUGUCACUUGGCUGUGGAAGGUGUUUAUUCUUGUGGUUUGACCUAUUCUGUUAAAACAUGUAAUUACAUAAAGCAUUCCGUAUACUCAAAGAGAAAGACACAAACAUAAAGACAGAUACACAGACACUUGAACACAGUAACCAAAUACACUGAACAAAAAUUUAAACGCAACAUGUAAAGUGUUGGUCCCAUGAUUCAUUAACUGAAUAUCCCAGAAAUGUUCCAUACACACAAAAAGCUUAUUUCUCUCAAAUUGUGUGCACAAAUUUGUUAACAUCCCUGUUGGUGAGAAUUCUAUCCUUUGUCAAGAUAAUCCAUCUACCUGACAGGUGUGGCGUAUCAGGAAGCUGAUCAAACAGCAUGAUCAUUACACAGGUGCAUCUUGUGCUGGGGACAAUAAAAAGCCACUCGAAAAUGUGCAGUUUUGUCACAAAACCCAAUGCCACAGAUGUCUCAAAUUGAGGGAGCCUGCAAUUGGCUGAAUGUCCACCGACGCUGUUGUCAGAGAAUUGAAUAAGCCGCCUCCAACGUCGUUUUAGAGAAUUUGGCAGUAACUCAUUCUGAUUGGCCUGGCCUGGCUCCCCAGUGUGUGGGCCUAUGUCAUGUGGCUGCGCACAUGCCCAGUCAUGUGAAAUCCCUAUAUUAGGGCCUAAUGAAUUUAUUUUAAUUGACUGAUUUCCUUAUAUGAACUGUAACUCAGUAAAAUCUUAAUUGUUGCAUGUUGCAUUUAUAGUUUUGUUCAGCCUAGGUGCGUGCACUGGUCCAAAUUGGUCCUGCCACUGCAUGUAAUAGUCAUUCGUUUUCAUAGAGAUCUAAGUAAGAAACUUGAUUGACUGAGGAAGAAUGAGAUUGUUCCGUUUUCGUCUCGUUGGUCUAGUUCUUGAAGAUAAACAGGGAGAAAUUGACACCUUUACCUGAACAGUGUUUUAGUGUAGCUGAGCAUUCUUAUUAAAGUGAUAGACCAGCUCUGAUGAAAAAGAGAACAGCAAUAAACUGCUCCCUUUGUAAAUAUAUACUGUAAUAAACAUUGUAUUUUUUAGGCUUGUCAUCUAUUUGGGGUUUCUUGCUUUAUCUUAAUUUGAAUAUUUCAAAUGUCAGAAACUUUCUCGGGUUGUUUACAGAAAGGCGUAUUAUUCUUUAACGACUGACCAGCCUAUAUUCAUAAAUCAUUAUCUCUUUGUAUAGACACGCCUCUGAGAUGAUUUAUUUAUUCUUCUGUCCUUACUGCGAUUUGCAUUUGUUACAGUCUUGUUUCUUUUCAAAUGGAACUUUCCUACCUAUGUCUAGCUAGCCAACCCCAGCCUCUGUGUUUCCAGACAGCCAAUCGCACCUCUCUCUUUCUCUCUCUCUCGUUCCUGGGAUUUGGAAUGACAAAACAUAAAGGCGGUCAUGCUGCAGUUGGUGUGUGUGUGCAAUGGUGCUCUCCUCUCCUGCCACGCCAGUCCCCCUGUUUCUUCACAGAUAUGCCUCAGAAAGAAACGAUGUAAAAACCUGCUUUAACAAAAGAGAAUCCCUGCAGUGAGCGUGUUGUGUGUUCAGGGUGGGAAACUGACACCCUGAGCUCAGGGGUGGGUUAAUUAAAGCAUCCAUAUUUAAUCUGAACCAUAAUAGACUGGAUUUGAAACCACACAUUUACAUUUGAACUGGAUUUGAUCCUCUUGUAGACACAUUCAUAUAGAAUGAGCUAACCUGUCUAGAGUAAUUGGAAAGGGAAUACGAAUGCACGGUUGGAUGAAAAAGCACUGCAAGGUGCAGGAUGCUCUUGGCGGUGACCAGUCUAUCAAGUUCAUUUCAUUUGCCUUCAGUCAACAAUGGCUUUUUUUUAAAAACAUUUUUACUUUUGGUCUGGUUGGGUGUUAAACAAUGGGACAACUGUGUAUCACUGUACUUGAAUGUAAACGAAAACUCAAUAAAAUGUAAGUGUACAAAAAUA